AAAGGGCUUUGCCCUUAGACUGCGCCACCGUGCCGGGCAUGAUUCUCAUUCUUGCCUCCUUUGCAAAGGCCCACACCUUGACCGACUUUGCAACCACCGUGAUGGCUGAGACACUUGAAACAGUCGAGGAGCACAUGUGUCUCUCCCAGUCAAUUGCCCUUGUUUCCAGCAAGUUGAAGUAUGUCCUGCAAGUGUCCCACAACCGCGCCGAUCUCUCCAGCUUGAAGCAAGUGUUUGCGAAGAAGUCUUUGGACUGGAGCAGGUUCUUGAAGAAGCUGCCUGGCUCUACAAGUUCUUCAGCAGCCACAGCUCCUCUUUGUCACAUCAUUAUCGCACUUUUGCGGAUGCGUGCUGGUGAGUCAAGCGGAAACGAGGACUUGAAGGAAAUUACCAGAAGACUCGUGCACAUUUGGUGCCAGGGUGCUGAGAAAUCCAUUGAGAAGGUUUUGGUUGUUCAGUGCCCAGAUCCACAUGUCAAGGCAUGCGCGCACCCGUUCCAGAAGAGUUCUCGUCUUCGUGGCAAUCCAUCGUUGAAAAUGAAGCUUUGUGGCCGUUUUGCCUGUCGCGGGGGAGGUUUCGUGACAAGCAAAGACGAGGUCGAGUUGCACAAGCUAGGGGUUUGUCAGAAGUACAGCGCCUUUGCUCACAAGACUGCGAGUGAAUAUGCUUGCCGCAUGUUGGUCAAGUCGGCCCAGUUCAUGCACGAGUAUGCUGCGUCCUCUUCAUGUCCGAAGGUCUUGAAUUUUGCGUUUGAUGCCGCGACUGUCUCUGGUGAACAUGUCCUUUCUUUUGUAUGGCGAGUGCAAGGGCAUCACUUCGCGGGUGCAACCCAGAUGCUGGCCACAGGCCUUUCACCCGAGCAAAGCAAGCGAGCCUUGGAGGACAUGAGCAAAGCUUUGGCUUUCAAUGGGAGUCUUCCUGCUGAUGGACGCCAAAAGCUGGAGCUUCCUCCUGACUCUUUCCAGUGGAAAGAGUUCAGGGUAGCGACCAAGAAUGCGCGGUCAGCUGUAGCAAAUGCUUUGCAGGUCACCAUGCCAGAGCCAUUCUCGUUAGCUCACACAGUUCCACCAAACCAGCUGCGACCAGCUGGAGUGACCGGAGAGAGACUGACCAUGUUACCAGACGAAAGGGCGAUUUUUGGGCGCGGGGACAAGCCAGUCAAGUUUGUCUACGACUACAAGGCACACACUGAGGUUCCGGACUUCUACCUGAACGAGGACUUUUGGAAAUUGGUCUUUGCGUGUGACUGUGGCGCAGAGGGGUGGAUGGUCUUUCUCCACCUGAACCACAUGGGUUCUUGGUCGCUAAUGUGGCCCGACAUGCUUCAUGUCUGUGUCCGCAAGACAGCGAUGGCAGUGAAGCUGGCUGAUGGGGCAAAGGCAUUUCUUAAGAAAAUGUCUAAGCUCUUCAAGGCGACCCGAGCCCCGUUUGGAAACAGCGCUCAUGGCAAAACUCUUGCAGACGCCCGCCGAACUUUGCUGGAGUCAGUCGCCCAGGGCCAGUUCGGGGAGAUCUAUGAUAUGUGGCAUACAGGGUGUGCCCGCGAUGUGGGCAAAGAGGCUUGUGACUUCGACGAAACCAUGCUGAAGGACAUGCUCAAGAGCACCUCAGGGAAGCACCUCCACUCCAGCGUUUGCAAAGACAGUCGGUGGUACUCUUGGUACGACCAUGCAGUGGCUUGGAACCGAAAGUGGCAUUGCGAAGCGAUGGUCCACAGUGCCGCCUUUUGGAUGGAGGGCAAGAACCCCUUUGGCAUGGACGUUGCUGGUAAGGAGGCAGACAACAGCUACAAGUCUAGGGAGUAUGCAUGGACAGUUCUUGCUGAUGAUACCAAUCAGGACCGGCUGAGAAGCUUCCUCACCAUUUUUGGCGCCAUUCGGGAAUAUGCAGCCGAGUAUGACAAAGACGUGCAGUCAACCCCAAAUGGAAGCGUCAAACACGCUGUAUCCUUGGCUUCCGGCAAGCGAGUUCAGAAGCUGAUUGCGAAAACGAUCAGUGACAGCGUGAAGGAAAAGACAUUGGACUAUGUGGGAGCUUUAGGCUCGAAUCCUGAGAAUGAGGAGUCCUUGCGUUUUCACAGCUCUCUUCUAUCUGCGCAGCUGGCAUCACUUUCCGAGGUUGACCGCUUCCAGCUCAGCUACCCUUGGAGAAUCAUUUGGGCCCUGGACCACAGCUCUUGGGCAGAUCUCAUGAAGGACAUGAAGCGGAAGUGGGCAUUUGUGCUGAAUUUCUGCGACAAGCUUCGCUCCAACCACAGCCUACAUACUUUGCUCCAAGUAACGAGAUACCAGUGCUUCCGUGAUGUGUUCUCGAAAGCUGAGCUUUUUGACUUCGAACCAGCAGCGGUGAGCACACCAACUGGUGAGGGAUUUCGCAAGAUUGUGUGCGCUGUGGCUGGCAUGAGCGAUCAGUCAACCAGUUCUUUGCUUAGCUCACUCCCCAAUGAGCUAUGCUUCAACGACUUGCGCGAUGCUGUGAAAAGGAGCAAGAAACAAGAGAAGACACAUAUGGCUGGGCUACAUUGCGUCAGUGUGAAAUCGGCUUUGCAAAGAAAUGCUGGAUGCAAGGGAGUGGCUUUGGAUGAUAGUGACUGGUCCGAUGGGGUUCAUGACAAACAAGUCAGGGCCACGAUAUUCUCAUCCUUGAGGGCCUCAGACAGGGAUUUGGGAAUCAGCUGUUCUGGUCUGACACGCCACCGCAACAACUCCGCCUACACCAAGCCCCACAUCUUAGCAGAGCGCCUUCGCCUUUUCGAUUUGUUGGAGUGUGAGUUUCAUCAAGCUGAAGGAGACGUGGAGAAGAAAACAGACCAUGUGUUGGAGCUUUCCCGGCAUUUGUGGCUGUCACAGCUUGUGCCAGGUGAGUGCUUUCUGAAAGUUGAGGGGCAAUACCCAGCUUUGACUCUUCGCUCUGGACCUCACAGUGUCUUGGUGCUUCAGCUCCGCAAAUGUGGGUCGACAAAUGAUGUCUACACUAUGUCAUCGUGGGAUGCUCCUCGCGCAGAGGUGAUCGUCAAGGACCACGCCUCCGUUGAAAUUGCGUUUACCAAGCCCGUGGUGGUUGGCACAGGGUUGGCUUUGGCACCUACUCUGGCUUGGCAGCAGGAGGGGGACUACAUUACUGUCUUGGACUAUGUGGCAGACCAUGCCAUCAAGGAAAUCAGCGCUUCCAAGCUCAGCUCCUUGUGUGCUCGGAUCAAUUUACAGGGACACGGCAAGUUGGACCAUCGUCAUCGAGUUGAGCUCUUCUUGAAACACAUGAAGAGAUCAGAAUCCUGGAUCUCAGAAGUGCUCGAAGAGAUUCGUGAAUCGCGAAAGAAGAAGGCAGACAACGACGACGACAAUGGUGGCGACGACCGGCUGGAAGGCGCUACAGACGAUGAACAGGAGGCAGAGAAUGAGUUCUUGCUGAACUGUGUGGAAGAGCCUGCGUGUCAGGGUGAGCCGUCUACACAAGGUCCUUCAGAAGGCUUGGCCCCUGUGAGCCCUGAUGAUGCUCUGAAGGACGACGCGAUGAAUGGCGAUGGUCCCGAACGUCGAGAGCGAGUGGAUGGGCCACAUGCAAGCCCUGUCUUCAGUGGUCCAGUGAGUGGAACGUACCCUGAUGGUGUGAAAGUGAACUAUGGUGAGCCACAGGCGGAGACCGCCUCACCUUUCGUUCAGUGUCACCUGCCUUCAGGGUUCAAAUACCAGAACCGCAAGUCGAAAGCGGUAUCGUUCAUUGGAUCUGUGUGUUUUGCCAAGGGGACUAAACGGUCCAAAGCGCAGGCAGAAGCUUGUGUACAGGCAUGGGCGUGGGAAUGGUGGCGAUCGCUCACAGAAGCGGAACAAUCCGCCAUCAGUACUUCCAGUUCUGAACAGGCUUCGAAGAAGGCCCGAUUGUCAUGAACUUACAUUUGGGAUACUUUUCCAGGCAGAGCCUGGGCCAAUGGGGUUUCAACACGGCUGGGCAUAUCACGCUACCCAACGACAGCGUGUGUGCA